GCUAGCUAAUCAGAGUGAGAGGACUGCGGGUCAUGCUUUCCACAUGCCUUUGCCUUCCUAGGAAAAGUAAUCUUGCUACCCUGGCAGAGAUUUGUCCGGGAUCAUUAUGGAAAACUGGGAUAUCCUCAUUCACAAAACAGCUGUACCCAUUGAUGUGCUACAAACCCAAACACUGUUCACACAGCUGCUAGCUAAAGGAGCAUAGUAAAGAAAGAGGCGCAGGCCUCUAGUGUUAGUUAAAUUAUUUUGUUCCAGCUGUUUUAUGGUGGUAUCGGAACUUUUUUGUCACGUCGUUUUUACAUCUGUUGUAACUGUAGUCAGCUUGGGUUGUCUCAUGAUUUUACUGAAAACUGACUAAAAGUAGAGUAAGAGGUUGGUUUAAUGUGCGUGGCAUCAAGACAGGAGGCACCAUGAGUGCGGAGCUGGAUGCACUGACCGUGGUGAACCAGCUGCGAGAUCUUGCUGCAGACCCCCUGAACCGAAGAGCCAUAGUAGAAGACCAAGGCUGUCUGCCGGGUCUCAUCCUUUUUUUGGACCACCCCAACCCACAGGUCGUCUAUUCUGCACUAUUGGCCGUGCGCUACCUGGCAGAAUGUCGAGCCAACCGGGAGAAGAUGAAGGGCGAGCUGGGCAUGAUGCUGAGUUUGCAGAAUGUCAUGCAGAAGAGUACAUCACCUGGGGAGACCAAACUGCUGGCCUCUGAGAUCUAUGAGAUUCUGCAGUUAGCUGGUAAAGAAGAGGCUGAACAGGCCGAGGCCGCUGCUGCCUCCUGCCAGCGGAAAGCCCACUUCUUCCUGGGCUCCAACAACAAGAGGGCCAAAACUGUGGUGCUGCACAUUGAUGGACUGGAUGACUCUACUCGAAGGAGCCUUUGUGAGGAGGCGUUGCUGAAGAUUCGAGGGGUCAUAAGCUUCACCUUCCAGAUGGCUGUGAAGAGAUGUGUUGUCAGGAUCCGCUCUGACCUUAAAGCUGAGGCGUUGGGCACAGCAAUCAACUCCACCAAAGUAAUGACUGCUCAGCAGGUGGUGAAGACAGAGGAUGGAGGCGAGCUGAUCUUGCCAUUCCAGGAGGACUCGGCGGUGCUGGUAGAGGAGAACACAGACAUCCCAGACUACCUGCCCGAGGAGGAGAGUCCGUCCCAGGAGACGGACAAAGCUGUUACGCGCGUAGGUUCCAUCACAGACGGCGUGGGCUGGCUCAGCACGGCCGCCAACUUCCUGACACGUUCCUUUUACUGGUGACCACUUCCUGUGUUUCUCUCACUGCUCCCUGUUUUCUCUAAAGUACCAUCCAGCUGCAGCCUUAGCGUCUCUAAGCCUUGUCCCGGACUAAGCCCUGCCUCACAGCACUACUAGUCUAGACUCCCCUCUGCUAAGCACACAGAACCCGGCCACGUGUGUGCAACAAGUGCUGGACUGCCAAGUGGAACCUGCAAUAACUUUAACUUGUGUAAAUAUUGAGCUACAAAUCCCACUACUGGCUGUAUGUGCACAACUAUAUACUAGCUGCAUAUAUAUCUUACAAAGACAGCCAGAGGGCUUCAAAUCAGCCCAAACCAAAUGGCAUUCUGGAAAUGUGUAUCGCUGCGUUGACAGUUGACAUGUGGCAGGCAUAUUUAGAUCUCCUGAGGCUGAUUUUGAAUACCUUGGAAAAUGGGAGUUCCUUUUUUUUUGUGCAUGAUUUUUGGUUUCUUUCCUCCUGGUGUCUAUUCUCAAUCGUUGUCCUCUUUACCAUACAUAUUUUUCAAACUUUAAUUUCCUAUUUAAGCAGAUUUUUAUUUUCUUUUUUCUUCCCACUUCAGUUUUAGUAGCAUGCUAUGAGUCUUUUGUGCCAAUCUUGCCUGAUGCCUAGAUAUGUGAUUAUUGUGUGUGCCUUUUUGACAUUUUACUUUUAAUAUAAUUUUUUCUACAUUCAUUCAAAUAAUUAGAGAGCUUCGAGCAUGCAACGUUUGUGCUUCCCAGCAGUCUGGCUCCCCGAGAUUUUAGCUCACUGAGGGACAUCUCUUCAGUAGAAAUAGUAAACUGGACACCAGCAAGAGGCCGCAGCCUAUUCAGCCACUGGCUCACAUGCAUUAGACUGUUUGUCGCAUCCUGAAAGAAGAACUCCAUAGCUGGUUAAUAUACCAACCCAAAACUGCGUUCAGGACUCCUCUGAUGAUGCUAUAAUGCAGGACAAAUCCAAUGUGAGUUCUGCAGUGGCGGUGAGUUGACUGAUAGCAAUUUGUGUUAAUUGCACAGACUUAAGGCUACCUCUGCUUUCAGCCCUCUAUCUCACAUCACCAUUAUAGUCUAUAGUUUUAGUUAAACACUUGCUCAGCAUGUAGAAGAAAAACCUGUCAGCCGCCUGCUCCUCAAACGCUUCUCUGUGUUACCUGGACUCCCACUGACAUUUUUAUAGUAUUGUUGCCCCACCCGUUCAGUUCAAUUUUCAGUUUAGCCAGCAGUGUCCUUAAAGCAAAGAUCAUGUUGGUGCACGCUCUCACAUGCAUACAGUAUACUGGAACAAGGGUGUGGUUAUGUACAUUUUGUAAAUGGUGCCUGACUCCCUAAAAUCUCAGACCUUACAUGUGAAGGAAAACUUUUGUUCUGUUUUUGUAAUACUGAUUUGCAUUUUAUGUCACAAAAUAGCAUUAUAGCAGCUAAUGCUAACGCUCUUAGUGAGUUUAUUCCUUUUCUUUCGCCUUUACAACCCCAUGACUCACACCAGGUUUAAUUAUUAUCUCCCCUGACUUGUGUGAGUGUCAUUAAUAAUUAUUAUAUACAAUGCUGACCAGGCAACUUUUAUCAUUCUGAUGGUGCAGGGACGUUACUGUUGGUUGAGGUCAAACGGAUAGAGGAAUGGCACAGAAUGACCUGAAUAAUCUGAAUUGAUGGUGGUUGUUCUCUGGAAAAGCAAUACUAUUUUUUUUUGCAUUAGAUGUAGUUAAUAUAGUUCAGCAUCAGCCUUCAAAAAUAAUGUUUUUGAAUAAAAGGUAUUAGUUAAAAGUUAGGAUUAUCAUCAGUAUUACAUUUCAUUGUCCAUUUUGCACAGAAAAAAAUCUAAAUAGCAUUUUCUAAUUUCAUUUUUAAUAUUUGAUGUCCGCUACUGCAAAGAAAUACUUGAACAUUGUUUCUUAGAACUGUUCUUAUGUGUUGAUCAAAGUGUGCAAACUGUUAGCAUACCACAUCUGUAAGGAUGACAAAACACCACAAACUAAGUCCUCAAAAAUGUAACUUCAUGUGUACAGACUUCAUGUGUCUGUCCCCAAAUGUAAUAUUAUGUAAUGCAGAUCCUAAAACUGUAGAUUCCAUUACACUGUUAAUGCAAACGAUGAUAAACUUAAAAUCAAAAUGUG